AUGAGCAGCAGCAAUCACGGCAAAGACAAAACCUACGGCGAGAUCGAACCCAAUGGGCAAAAGGAAGAGGAAUGCAACACUGGUGAUAUUACUGCUGGUGCCGGAAAUGUCAAUGGCGUUCGAACAUUAGAAGCAGCAGCUGGAGGAAUCGAACACGAGCGAUCCAUUACGGAUGAAAAUCGGAUCUUAUCCUCGCAAGUUGAGACGUCUAGUAGUCCUUCCAAGCAACAUUCCCAUGUCUCAGACGGAAAUUCACCAAAGGCGCUAACCAAGGCACGACCGAAAUCACCACAAAGGUCCAGAAUCCCAUCCAGUGCCACCAACGGGAAUGUGGCUGAUGACGAUGGUGGUGGUGCUCUCGAUGAGCUAGACAUUAUCAAGAUUGCAGAAGCACGGGUGAAAGGCGAGUUUUUGACCCCAUCAUCUCAAGCCAACCAACAAGUGGCUACAAGCAAUGGAGAAGCAGCGUCACCUCGGCCCACAGUGUCAACACUCAGAAGAGGAGGUCGACGAGAUCCUCCCAGACCACAUCAUAGAAUAGGCACCACACAAUCGGCCAACCAUAACAAUAGUCUGGAAGAGGACAGCAACAGCGUGGAAUUAUCCAAAAUUUUGGAAGCAAGGGAACGAGCUCAGGUGCACCAAAGACAACAGCAGCACACUGACACAUCCGGAAAUAAUCAAGAAACUAGAGUUGCAAUUUCUACCAUUGCGGCAGCCAGAGACCAGCAAAACUCAACGCUUGCACCAGGGCUUGCAGGAACUGUGUCGGAAGAAAAUCAAAAUAGCAGUGACAUCCUCAAAUUUGUACGCAAGAGGGCAACUGCCGCCAAUCAAGAAGAAAAGCUGGAAGAAGGAACUACUACUUCUCUAUACGGCAAUCAUGUUGGUCAGGCUAUAACAAAUCAGAGUCCAGUCACCCAUGAAAGCCAACCAGGUGCCUACUCGGGGGCUCCUGGGCUUCCCCCGCAACGGAAUCAGAAGGCAAGAUUUUCUCAGAUAGGCAUUGUGGGCACCGCACCAAUUUCUUCACCAUCAUUGGAAGGGGGGAUAAGUCAAGAAUCCACAGAAUUCCAAUCUACCAACCUGUCGGACAGGCAAGCUGGUUUGAUGGUGGCCAAUCUUGUUGCCGACCCAAGCCAGGAGAAUCUACAGUUGGCGGAAGAAUUACAAUCAAUCGCUGAGAAUAACAUUGAAGAGCAAAAAGUUGAGAGGAGUAAGCGUGCCAUGCUGAGUGCAUCAAAAUGGCUGCUUUUGGGGGUCAUUCUCAUUGUGGCAGUUGUUCUGGCAGUGGUGCUAGGGACGAGAAACAAGUCAGCAACUAUAGCACAAGAAGCUGUAUCUAGUGCACCAACAACAUCUGUGAUGCCCUCCGUCUCCCCAUCAUCCAUGCCAACUAAGACACUACUGUCAUCCAGGUAUGAUAUCAAGGGGCUUUCAGAAAGUACAGCUGAGUCGAUUGGUAGGCCUGGUUCUCCACAACAACAAGCUUAUGACUGGACAUUUCAACAUCCAGAAUUUGACGAAAUGCCAAAUUGGCGGAAACUGCAGUUGUUUGCAUUGGGAACCUUCUACUUUUCGUUCGAAAAUUGGCCAGAUGAUUACCAGUGGAUGGACUACAGCAAUACGGAAUGUUCGUGGACCACAAACCUGGAUUCACCACAUGGAGACAAAAGCUCGGAUUUCAUUCCAGAAGGGUAUUCCAAUCGUGCGUGUGAGACUGCAUCGUCAGCGUCCUUCAGUCGACCAAAUCCUUUUGCUACCAACUGUGAUGAGGAAGGUCAUUUCAAUUAUCUCAAGCUCAGUUUGUUUGGAGUUCAUGGGUCCAUACCACCGGAAGUUUUUCUCCUCACUCACCUCACAAUAUUUGAUGUGCGUGAAGCUGGCAUAACUGGAACCAUCCCUUCGGAGAUUGGCAUGCUUUCCCUGCUGACAAACCUGAACUUACACAGCAAUGGGAUCUCCGGUACCAUCCCAUCAGGCAUUGGACAGACGAAUCUGACUUGGCUCUACUUGCAUGGCAAUGCCAUUUCCGGCUUCUUGCCAUCUGAGUUGGGCCUGUUACCCUUUCUUGAACGCAUGGAUUUGCAGUUUAACGACAUUUCUGGCACAGUACCCGCUGAUCUGGGCAUUUGUACCAGUCUGGUUUGGGUAGAUGCCAGAAACAACUAUCUGACAGGAUUGUCUCCAGAAAUUGGCUUAUUGACAAGCAUGCAGUACUUGUUGCUUCGAGACAACACAAUCAAGGGAACAAUUCCCAGUGAAAUUGGGCUCUUAUCUAACUUGGUAUAUCUCAGCCUUGAGCGAAACUUUAUCACAGGAACUUUCCCUUCCACCUUUGAUCAGUCUAGCUUAGAUCAAAUGGAUUUGCAGGGCAAUCAACUCUCUGAUAUCCCAAGCGAGAUUGGCCUCCUUGGUAAUCAGAUUGGACAGCUGGAUCUAAGCAACAACCUCAUACUGACUUUGCCAAGUGAGCUGUUCCUCUUGACAAGCCUUUCUGUGCUUCAGCUUCACGGCAACCGAAUAGAGAAAUUGCCAAAUGAAAUUGACCAGAUGACAAAUCUGGAGCCUUGCGACGAAUCCAUUGAUGGUUGGCUGUCAUUGUCAAGCAACAAGCUUUCUUCGAUACCCUCAGAAUUAGGAAGACUGACAAACUUGCGGACUUUGACUAUGCAAGACAAUCAGAUCUCAUCAUUUCCUGAUGUGAAUUGGUCACACUUGACUAACUUGGCGUCCAUCCAGCUCUCUCACAGCUUGCUGCAUUCUACAAUUCCAUCAGAACUUGGCCUCCUUCAAAAGCUUGUGAAGCUGGAUCUGUCAAACAAUGCCUUGAUUGGGAGCAUACCUUCAGAGUUGGGGGAGAAUGAGGCAACUGUGUAUGUAUGGAACAACACACUUGGUGGAAAUGUUCCACAGGAUGCACGAUUGUUUCAAACAAUUAUUUUGAGAAACAAUCAACUAAGUGGGCGGUUGCCAUCAGAGCUUUUCCUCUUGACAGCAUUGGCAACUCUUGAUUUCUCAAACAAUUCUAUGACAGGACUUGUGAUGACAGAGUUGGGCAGGCUGACAAGUUUGCAGUUGGUGGAUUUUUCAUUCAACCAAAUCUCUGGUCGAAUCCCAACGGAAUUUGGGCAGAUCUUGACCACAGUUCCAGAAUACAAUUUUACACUGAAUGAAGAAGUUGAGCACGUGGAAUCCCUCCAAGCACUUGAUCUCAGUAACAAUCAACUGAGUGGUCACUUGCCAUCGGAGCUUGGCGUGCUGUCCAGUUUGAGUGUUUUAGACUUGUCAUUCAACCAGAUUUCUGGUCCAAUCCCAACACAAUUUGGAAAAAUAUUGACAACUGUCCAGUGGUAUGACUAUGAACAGAGAUCCAUUCCUAGUGAGCUAGGGAAUCUGAAUGCCUCUGUCAGCCGAAUCAUGUUGUCGGGCAACAACUUUAGUGGCACUCUGCCCCAAAGUUUGUGCCCCUGGUACUGCACACGGCAACAGUGCUCUGUGACAGAGUAUGCCACUGAUACCAAUGGGUCGGUGGUGGUUGCUGGAGAUUGUGGCACCAUGGCUGGGUGGGUGGAAGUGGACUGUUCGAAUGAAUCCCUGCUGGACUGUAGUGUUUGUUAUUGUUGGUAA